AUGGCAACUGUAGAAGCCAUACCUGAAGGAGCAGAAGGUUCUGUAUUAGAAGCCACCCAGCAAGACUUUUUGCAAGAAGCAAAAUCUCUUAUUGCUCAACAUUACAAGAGAAUAAAUGAGAAUAAGCCUCAAGUUACUUCUAUAAAUGUUUUUAAAAAUAAACACCAAAAGCCAAAAACUGGCAGGUUCAUACCUUUUGAGAUUAAAAAAAGUGAAAUCCUUGAUAUAGUUCAAGAACAUCGGAUGGUACUCAGAAGCAUUAACUAUCCCAAAGAGACUUUCAAAUGCCCACCUUCAAAGGAAGACUCAGAGCAAAUUUCCUCAUCGAAGCCACAUGUUUUGAAUUUAAAAGAGAAGUACCAGCCUGAAGAUCCUUUACAAAAAGAACAAGUUAAACUGGGUAAAAUAAUAACUGAUAUUGAAUCUGUAAGUAAGAAAAUGGAGAAAGAAAAGCAGCUGCGUCUCAAGAAACCCAGAAUGUUGGAAUCCUUCCAUUCCCAUGUUGGCUUGAAUUUACAAAAUCUGACCUCUUCUCUGGGACAUCUGAGAGGACCUGCAGAGAAGAUGCUUUAUGAUUGGCGAAGCUUUGCAUGGAGGAGGUCUUCUCGUCCACCUCAUGAAUCUACUCAGAGCUUAGCUGGAUCAUCAGGAAUAUUUAAGGAUUAUUAUAUGAAAUCCCAUAAGAAGAAAGAACUACCUACAAAGACAGACCAGAAGCCAAGCAAAAGGGCAAAAGCUGUUCCAAAGUCCGAUAAAUUAGACAGUAAAGUUAAAAGAAUUGGACCACACAUAGAAAUUUACCAACUGUUCCAGGAAAGAAACAAACUCAUAUUUACUAAAAGAAUUGUUAAGCUGAUUACUAUCACACAAGCAUUUAUCAGGGGAUGGCUUGAACGCAAAAGACUUCAAAGACUAAAGACUAAGGCUUUGUAUCAUGGACCAAAUUUAAAAGCAGUUAUCAUGAUGUAUCAGUUCUUAAUCUACCGUAUUAGACAUCGACUUGGUCUUUGGAGGACAAGACAGAUUAUAAACUUUGGAGAGUUAGAGGAAUGGAUGGAUAGGAAAAAAUUCUACGAAACCAUGUUUGCCAAGAGAGAGGACUGGCAAGGGUUAGAGAGAAGUGAGCUGAUGAAGUACUUCAAUGACUGUGGCCAUUUCCCCACACAGAGCCAGAUCGACGAGUACUGGGACCUGUUCCACAGACAUAGCCAAGGAAAAUACUCUGAAGUAAUCAAAAAGUCCAACGCAAUUGAGCUGUUAUUUACACUCUACCCUCCUCAAGGUGCCAGAGUGAACAGCACAAGACUCCGGUCCACGUGGCUGAGACCCAUAGUGGAUGGAGAAGAAGGCUAUAAGUAUAUCGUGAGUGGACAUCCAAUACUCAAGAGAGCUAAUAUCCAGACUGCUGGCAAGUUGGUGGCUAACUCCAUAAGAGAAAGGAAAAUGAGACAAUUUUAUAAAUCAUGA